CGGUGUAACGAUCGAGAGUGCACGUGCCAACACCGUGAUGGUGGUGAUACGCAGUACGGUUUUCUUACUGUCGGUCAAAUUUAUCGUUUCAGUACAACGUCAGCUAAAGCGACAACAUUCCGGUCUGCCACAGAUGGAAUCAUUGUCGCGUUUCAGCAGCAUACCAGUGGUAGAGACCGGCAUCAAAACUGCCGGUAAUGUGUACGAACGGGUCAAAACGAGCAACGGCCUGUUGACCUGGGGCUUCGAAACAGCCGAAUCGCUUACGUAUGCGCUGAUCGAUUCGUUACGCCCGGCGACGAAGAUGAUACAGGGGCCACUGCACCAGCUGGACAGCAUCAUGUGCAAGAGCCUGGAUCUGGUGGAGCAGAAGGUACCUUCGAUGUAUCUUCCGCCGGAGAUGAUGUUUUGGAACACGAAAGAAUACAUGUCGGAUCGUCUGAUGAAACCGGUCCUGUCGCGAGCGAAUUCGAUGAAAAAUUUGGGCCACGCUGUGUUGGAAUCCCGCGUGUCCAACUAUGCCGCCGGCCGGAUCGAUGGAGCGCUAGUCGUUUGUGACAAAUAUGUUGAGCGAUACCUUCCGACAGAACCGCAGGAUCAGCCGGAUUCUGGUAUCGCUUAUGCAGGCACGUACCGAGCAGCACGACUAUCAUCCGAUUCUGGUGACCUGCGUGACCCCAAACGGCAUGAUAGGACUGCACGCCACCAAUCGUUGCAUGCUGAUUGUUCGCCCAAACGUAUUGCUCGAAGGGCCCUGGCCAACAGCAGCAUUGGUAUCGCAUGCAGUGCCGGAAUGCAAGCAGUCGAUUCGAACCAGAUGCACGUGGUGCAAACGUUCCACCGCGGUCAGCAGCUAUCGCGCAAGCUUAAGCGCCGGCUCACGUUCCGCACCCGUCAGGAGCUGAGCGCACUCAAGAAGCAAAGUACCGAGGCGGUGCACGUGGUUGCUUAUGCGGCCGAACUGAUUGCAACCAACCCCCGGGAAGCGAUGCAAAAAGCGGUUGAACUCUGGCGUUACCUUAGCAAAGAUGAGCCCGAAAAUCAAGCCCGUCCCGACACUCUCGAACAGCUGGCCGUGCUGCUAACCCGCGAAUCUGCCCGCAAGAUGGUACACUUGAUCAAUUUCGUUACCGGUGCGGUUACACGCGUCCCAAAGGCCAUCCGUGCGCAGACUCGUGAAAUUGUACACCACUUUCUGUUCGCGACGGAGCAACUCAUGAAGACCGUCCAUCUGGAGAAGGCUAAGGCUGCAACGCUGUCGGAAGCGAGUGGAUUGGUACACAGAAUUCAACAUACUUACGAUGAUCUGCAGAAUCAAACGAACCUGGCAUUGCAUGGUCAGUUAUCGCUGGCAAACAUAGAUCGGCACGAUUUUAUCCAUUGGCUUUUGUUGAAAGUGGAACGUUUGGCAGUCUUUCUUUCGGGUCGUCUCGAAGCGGAAAAAAUCACCACCAGCGGAAACCCACGCCGCCGUAUUCAACCGCGAACGAACAGCAAUCCCAUGAACUCGAAUAUUAACGGCGUGUACUAA